AUGGUACAAUCAAAGAAGUUCAGAGGUGUCAGGCAACGCCACUGGGGCUCAUGGGUCUCUGAGAUUCGUCAUCCUUUACUAAAGAGAAGGGUGUGGCUUGGAACAUUUGAGACAGCUGAAGAGGCAGCAAAAGCCUACGAUGACGCAGCGAUUUUGAUGAGUGGUCGCAACGCCAAAACAAACUUCCCUGUGAUUGCAAAUGAUGAAACAAGAAAUAAUCAGAAUUCCUCCUCCGCAUCAGCUCUUACUGCAAAGCUACGCAAAUAUUGCAAAUCUCCAUAUCCUUCUCUAACUUGUCUAAGGCUUGACACUGAGAAUUGUCACAUUGGAGUCUGGCAAAAGCGUGCUGGUCCGCGUUCGGUUUCAAAUUGGGUUAUGACUGUGGAGCUUGGAAAGAAGGAUGGACUUCAAGCCCCAGAACAAAAAAUUCCCAUCUCCGCAGAGACAACAGAAAUAAGGGCAGGGCAAGAAGGUGGUAGUGAUGGUUUGGACGACGAGGAAAGGGUUGCAUUGCAGAUGAUUGAGGAACUACUUAACAGGAAUUAA